GAGACAGCAGCAUUGUAAUUGAGCUAGACACCCAUGGCGAAGCAAUUGGAGGUUUUGAAUGCGCUUGAUGUUGCCAAAACACAAUGGUACCAUUUCACCGCAAUCAUCAUUGCCGGAAUGGGCUUCUUCACGGAUGCAUAUGAUCUAUUCUGCAUAUCCCUUGUCACCAAAUUGCUCGGCCGCAUAUACUACCAUGUUGAAGGUUCAGAAAAGCCCGGCACAUUGCCUCCGAAUGUUUCAGCUUCCGUCAAUGGCGUGGCACUUUGUGGAACUCUGGCAGGGCAGCUCUUCUUUGGAUGGCUUGGUGACAAGAUGGGCAGAAAGCGAGUCUAUGGCUUGACUCUCAUGCUCAUGUUUGUUUGCUCCGUUGCUUCUGGUCUUUCUUUCGGCCAUAAUCCAAAAGCUGUGAUGAGCACGCUUUGCUUCUUUCGGUUCUGGCUCGGUUUUGGUAUAGGCGGUGAUUACCCUCUUUCUGCCACCAUCAUGUCUGAAUAUGCUAAUAAGAAGACUCGGGGAGCCUUCAUUGCUGCAGUGUUUGCCAUGCAAGGCUUUGGGAUUUUGGGUGGCGGUAUAUUUGCUAUUGUCAUGUCUUCCAUAUUCAAGGCAAGGUUUGAUGCUCCUCCUUACCAAGUUGAUCCAACAGCCUCCACUGUUCCAGAAGCAGAUUAUCUGUGGAGGAUUAUUCUAAUGGUUGGUGCCCUUCCUGCUGUACUCACCUACUACUGGAGGAUGAAGAUGCCUGAAACUGCUCGUUACACUGCUCUUGUUGCCAAGAAUGCAAAACAGGCGGCAUCGGAUAUGUCAAAGGUUCUACAGGUUGACAUUGAAGCAGAAGCACAUAUCUUUGAGAAGUCAACCAGUAGAUUUGGUUUGUUCUCUGGGCAGUUUGUUCGUCGACAUGGACUUCACUUGCUUGGAACAACAAGCACAUGGUUCUUGCUGGACAUUGCAUUUUACAGCCAAAAUCUAUUCCAAAAGGACAUCUUCAGUGCAAUUGGAUGGAUUCCUCCAGCAAAGACCAUGAAUGCCGUUGAGGAGGUCUAUAGAAUUGCAAGGGCACAAACACUAAUUGCCCUAUGCAGCACUGUCCCUGGCUACUGGUUUACAGUGGCUCUCAUUGACAGGAUUGGAAGGUUUGCUAUCCAACUGAUGGGAUUCUUCUUCAUGACAGUGUUUAUGUUUGCCUUGGCUUUUCCAUACAACCACUGGACUCACAAGGAUAACCGUAUCGGGUUUGUGGUAAUGUACUCACUUACCUUCUUCUUUGCGAAUUUCGGGCCUAAUGCCACCACAUUUGUCGUGCCAGCGGAGAUUUUCCCGGCUAGAUUACGGUCUACUUGCCAUGGCAUAUCUGCAGCAUCAGGGAAGCUUGGAGCUAUAGUGGGUGCAUUUGGUUUCUUGUAUUUGGCUCAGAACAAGGACCCGGCCAAGGCAGAAGCAGGGUACCCUGCAGGUAUUGGGGUGAAGAAUUCGCUCAUUGUGUUGGGUGUAGUCAACCUCUUGGGGAUGCUGUUUACUUUUCUAGUGCCUGAAUCAAAGGGCAAAUCAUUGGAGGAGAUGUCAGGUGAAAACGAAGAGGAAAAUUGAGCAGGGACAGAACAAGAGCAGCCAGAAGUCAUUUAUGCUUGUCUAGAGCAGUUUUUUCUUACAAUCAUGUUGUAGUCACUUUAUUAAAGAAACCUAUUCUUUCUUUCAUGUGUUGUGGUUUCC